AUGGCGGACAAGGAACCUGAAGCUGUGAAAAUGAGGCGGGAAAUUGGUUUGAUUGGAGGUGUAGCACUAGUUUCUGGAACUAUGAUCGGAUCCGGUAUAUUCAUGUCCCCACAGUUCGUACUGGCAUACGUGGGAAGCCCUGGAGCAAGUCUGGUGAUCUGGGCUCUCUCUGGAAUUGUAGUAAUUUUUGCAGCGCUGUCCUAUGCUGAAGUUGGGACAGUCAUCUCUGAAUCUGGUGGGGACUUCAUCUACAUACUGAGGAUCUAUGGUCCAUGUCCUGCUUUCUUUGCAGCAGUCACUUUUAUCCUGGUCGUGAAGCCGUUCAGCAUUGCAGCAAUGUCAAUUAGCAUUGCAGAGUAUGCUCUUGCACCCUUUUACACAGGCUGCAAUCCUCCUCAGCUCGUGGUGAAGUGUGCUGCAGCUGUGGCUAUACUGGUUGUUGCCACAGUCAACAUCUUGAAUGCCCGGAUUGCCGUCAGAAUCCAAGUGGUCUUCUUGGUGGCCAUGGUGCUGGCGUUGAUGUUCAUCGUAAUUGGAGGAAUAGUGGAGCUCAUACAGAGCAGCAGUGUCAUUGUGGAGGUGAAAGUUGAGAAUGCAUUUAAAGGCACUCAGUACUCUUUGGGCACUCUAGGAAUGUCUUUUUAUCAAGGACUGUGGUCUUAUGCUGGCUGGUACAACUUGAACUAUGUCACAGAGGAGCUGAAACGACCGGAGGUGAAUCUUCCUAGGGCUGUUGUGAUAGCCAUUUCUCUGGUGACCGGCUUAUAUCUGCUGGUGAAUGUGAGCUACCUGACAGUCAUGACGCCGAGAGAGCUCAUGUCCUCCAACGCAGUAGCAGUAACCUGGGGGAAUAAGGUGUUAGGAAGCUGGGGCUGGAUCAUGUCUGUGGCCGCAGCAUUGUCUGCUUUCGGUUCACUGAAUGGGACGUUCUUCAGUGGUGGCCGUGUGUGCUUCGUUGCUGCCCGGGAAGGACACAUGCCACAAAUUCUGGCCAUGGCUCACGUCAACAGACUGACUCCAUCACCCGCCCUGAUCUUCACCACCGUAGUCUCUCUCCUGGUGCUGAUCCCCGGUGACUUCCAGAGCAUUGUCAACUACUUCAGUUUCACUGCCUGGUUCUUCUAUGCCAUCACCUUGUCUGGACUACUCUAUCUCAAGAUCAAGAAGCCGGAGCUCCCCAGGCCGUACACGGUUCCCAUCAUUCUCCCCAUACUGGUCAUCAUUGUGGCAGUAUUCCUUGUUCUGGCUCCCAUCGUAGACAAUCCUCAGAUUGAAUACCUCUAUGUGACUUUAUUUAUCUUCAGUGGAGCUAUAGUCUACAUACCCUUCAUCCAUUACAAGCUCUGCCCAGGGCUGUUGACCAAGUUAACAGUGUUCCUGCAGCUGUUCUUGGAGGUCGCGCCAGCAGACAAGAACCUGUGAUUUGGGCAGAAGAAAUGAAACGUUGCUCAUGAAACAUCAGUUUCCAUUCAAUAUUAACCAAGUGUUACCACCCGUUUCUCAUAAAUAAGUUGGCUUGUAUGUUUCACUGUCUUUAAAUUUUAGCAAUCUGCUAUUUAUUUUCUUUUUGAACAAGCACAUUUAGAACUCCCGUAUUUGCAGAUGUUCUUAGUUAAUUUAGGGAGCACAUGUGAAAAGAAAUCAUCAUCAAUUUGUUUCCAAAAGAUGAAAUAUGACAAAAAAUGUUUUAUCUUGAACAUUUUUGCCUGUGCAACAGUAGGUGGCUAGACAGAGCAUGCACUUUAACAGCUGAUACCUGAUUGCUGUUAUUGUGAAUUUGUGCUCAGGUAGACAUUCCUCCAAAAUGAUCUUGACAGAACAAAUUGUUGUUUGCUGCACUAUUAAUGUUCUCAAUGUCGUACAGAGAACCUCUCAUUUCAAUUUAAGUUUAUCUGCAAAAGGUUCCAAAUCAAAGAUACAUGAAUAUAUUUUCAAUACAUUUUGCAAAAAAUAAAGAAACAGGGUCGUAUGACAAGUUUCCACUUUAAUGUGUUUUCUUGAAUGAUGAAGACAUAUUGAUUUGGGGCAGCAAGAAUAAUUCUCAUUGUCAGGAACAUGUACAACAUAUAAGUAUUUGAAAAAGAUUGUUCUGUUCUCCAAACACACUGAUACAAGCUUCUUAAAUGUCGGUGAAAAUAAAAGAAAACAAGCCUUGUGUCUCAACAACUAUUGGACCAUUUACUUUUCAUCUAGCGCCAUCAUUGGGUCAAAAUUGUGUUUGUGCAGGAUUUGGGUUUCAGACUAAAUACCUGCAAAACUAUUGACAUUCCUCAGUGGUUUGUUGGUUUUAGUCCUAAUAAGCAAAUGUUAAUAAGUUAACACAUAUCUAAAAUUGUACCUGCUGAACAUCAGCAUGUUAGCAUCGUCACCGGGAGCAUGUUAGCGUGGUGACAUUAGCAUUUAGCUCAGUGUCAUCACUGUCACCAUGACUGGAGACUUCUUGUUUUUCUUACGCUAUCAAUCUCCUGCAGUCUGUAUGUGAGGAGUUGAGCUGGGCUACAAGAUUAGUAAUAAGACAUU